CUAAGUGUUUCCCCUAAGAAUUGCUGUGUGAAAAGGUAGUUGUCUCUACCUUGAUAUUUGCAAGAGCACAAGCCCAAGUUAUGUUCCACGACAGAAAGCUCUACAGGUAGGGAAGGAGUUUCUUCACCAUGAUGCUUUCCUGGAUGUGGACUUCUCUCUACAACCUAUGUAUGAAGGUUUUCCAUACUCCUUCCUUUGUAGCCUCAUUUGUCUGUUCCUAGGACAAAGGUGUUUCUCAUGGUGAUUCCCAAACAACUUUCAUGGAGAACAUUUCAGAGGUGACUGAGUUCAUUCUUGCGGGGUUAACAGAUGCCCUAGAGAUGCAGAUCCCCCUCUUCAUAAUCUUCUCCCUCAUCUAUCUCAUCACACUGAUUGGAAACCUGGGGAAGAUCAUGUUGAUUCUGUUGGACUCUCGACUCCACACUCCCAUGUACUUUUUUCUCAGUAACCUCUCCCUGGUGGACUGUGUUUAUGCCUCAGCUGUCACUCCCAAGGUAAUAGUGGGGUUUCUCACAGGAGAUAAGAUGAUAUCAUACAAUGCAUGUGCUACCCAGAUGUUUUUCUUUGCAGCUUUUGCCACUAUUGAAAGUUUCCUCCUGGCCUCAAUGGCCUUUGACCGCCACGUGGCGAUAUGUAAUUCCCUGUAUUAUGCCACCACCAUGACAAGCACUGUGUGUGCCUUACUGGUCACUGGACCCUACAUCUGCGGACUCUUGGAAUCUUCCAUCCAUGUUGCCCUCACUUUCCACCUCUCCUUCUGUCAUUCCAAUGUUGUUAAUCACUUUUUCUGUGACAUUCCCCCACUGCUGGCUCUUUCUUGCUCUGACAUCAACACAAACGAGAUUGUGCUCCUCACGCUGGCAGCAUUCAAUGUCUUUUUCACUCUCUUGGUUAUCUUGAGCUCUUACCUGUUCAUUUUCAUUGCUAUUCUGAGGAUGCGAUCAACUGAUGGACAGAAGAAAGCCUUCUCCACCUGUGCGUCCCACUUAGCCACUGUUUCCAUUUUCUAUGGGACAAUCAUCUUCAUGUACUUACAGCCAAGUUCUAGUCAUUCCAUGGACACAGACAAAAUGGCAUCUGUGUUUUACACCAUGAUCAUCCCCAUGCUGAACCCAGCAGUUUACAGCCUAAGAAACAAAGAGGUCAAGAGUGCAUUCAAGAAGGUGGUUGGAAAAGCAAAGUCUUUAUUGGGUUCAGCCUACUAACUGGAAAUAGCUUGCAAAGCACUGAAACUUUUAAUAGGCUUUAGUGUCUAUAAGUAUUUUUUUAACUUUAAUUAUUUUUUGUCUUUUUUUUUUAAGAGAAGUAAGCCUUUAUUUCCCUAUUUAAUAAAUAAAGUUGGCUGUGCUGGUAAUUAUUUCUUGUCUUUAACUUUUCUGAGCAGUUCUCUCCAAAUGAGGCCGGAUCUAUUCAUGCUUUGGGACUAUAACUAGGUAGGAGAAAUUUUGGAGGUCUUUUUCCAGAAAUACAAUGUUACUUCUUUCUUAAGAUCAAGAUUACAAUCCUAGAUACUAUAGAAUCCCACACUAUACCACUCUAUUGGUCUAAAGUCUAAAUUGCUUUGUAGGUAAACCUC